AUGUUACGCAAGGCAUUGGAUUUACUCCAUUCGUGCACCCAGGCAAACCCAGAGAGCAUUGACCGGCUUGAAUCAAUCGUUCAGCGCGCUUUCGAUCUCAAAACCAAUAUCCACAGGAGCCGGGAAAUCCAAGCUGCCCAACACCGUCCGGAGAACCGCAACACGCACGCGCUAAGGAAAAGAGCCGAAGGCAGAGCAAGAAGGCGUCCGGAAGCUCUCCGUCCACACCCUGAUACUGAACCGAUUUUAUCACGCCCAAGGGCGCAUAUCAAUGGGCCUCGCCGUGUUCCCGUACUUGUCGAUGCCCGUGGGAUUCCAUUCCUUCGAAUCAAAAAGCCAGAGCCUCCGAGUUUGAGUCGCGUCUUGAGGAGUAAAUUAGACGCACGGUGGAAGAAGAUCCUUCGUCGGGACAAGUUGGAAGAUGAUGUUUACCUCGCGCAGCAAGAGGACAAGUGGGAUGCUAUCGUGGAUCAAAACAACGGUGGCCGCUGGGAGACAACUGUUGCCGAGUGUCUUGAUUAUACUAUCAAAACAAUACAACAUGAGGAUCAGAAAAAUAAAGAGCUUGCGCAGAAGAUGUGGGAGGUCGUUCUGAAGGAGCGGGAGCUUGCGGAAAAGGAGAAGGAGGAAUUCAGAAUUCAGCGGCUAGCACAGGCAGAAUCUGUCAAUGGGGUUGCAGCGGUUCGCGAAUCUAAACAUGAAGUGAAGGGUAUCGCUGCUGAAGGGAGCAAGGAAGAUAUUGCAGCUGAAAAACAUGACAAGCGCCCCUAA